AUGUAUCCUCGUGGACCACCAUUCCAACGACGUCACCCCCCUUCCUUCAUGGAAAGACAUCCUGGCAUGUCACCGAUGAACAUGCCCAUGCAUCCAGCUCAUCAAAGACCAUGCCACCACAUUGAACACAUGCAACAUGAACAAGCCGUACGAGACGCGCAGAUGAUGGAGGACAUGGACAUGAGAAGACGACUCCGCAACCAAGCGAUGCUAGAAGCCAGAGGACUACUCCCGGCAGGUUUGGAUCUUACUAACCCCAAUGAUUUCCUCGUUGCAAUCGAAUCUCUUGCUCAGCAUGGUGAUCCGGAUGCACUGGCGAUGGCGGACGAUAUUGCGGAGUCAGGCAAGGUGGCGCUUGCGUAUCAUAUGGGGAUUAGUGUUGAUAUGAUUGGGGAUCUGGAUAUUGGUGGUGGUGGUGGGGGUGGUUAUGGUUUUGAGGGCGAGGGUGUUGCGGAGGAGAGGCACUAUCAUUGA